AUGGCCUGGAAAGAUGGUCGCUUCAAAGCUUCUACGUUGGAGAACUCGAUCAAGAGAGUCCUUGAGGAGAAGCUGGGGAGCGGGCACGCCGACGAUUUGAUGUAUAACCCCGGACUAAACUUUCCGUGUAAAAGUAUCGUGUGUGCCGUUGAAGCUCGACAUAUGAACAAAACCCCGACGAAUUUCCGCGACUGGCUACCGACCAAAGACGCAAAUUACAACUGCAAGAUAUGGGAGGCUGCUCGUGCAACCUCAGCAGCCCCCCACCUCUUCAAACGCGUCACGAUAGGAGAGCCUCUGAGACAGCAACACUUCGUAGACGGCGCUUUAGGAUGCAACAACCCAAUCCGACACGUUCUUUCCGAGGCCUUACGAGAGUUCAUGGGUAGUCAGGAAGUAGGCUGCAUAUUGAGCAUUGGUACCGGUAUGCGCCUGACAGCAGGGUUCCAGCCCCUCAAAGGAUACCAGCGAGUCCUUCCCAAGGAUCUGGUUCAGGCUAUAGCGAGAAUGGUUACGGACUGCGAUGAAGUAGCAGACCAGAUGACAGAGCAGUUCAGAAAUUACGGCAGAAUGUAUCAUCGUUUCAACGCAGGGUACGAGCUGGGAGCCAUUGGACUCAACGAGUGCUCUCGUCUCGGAGAAGUGGAGGCUCACACGAGAGCUUAUCUGCGGCAAAAGAAUUCAGUGUCUGCCAGUGUUAUACCAUCGACCGACAACCUGAGUGCCUUAAAGUUACCACCAAAUAGCCUAGACAGGCCAGUGUCGUUCCCCAAUCAUCCCAGAGAUGAGUUCAGUUUCGUACGCAGGACUGAAAUGUCCCAGAUAGACAAACAUUUCAAGAAAUUCCGAGAUGCCCAACGGCCAUCAAGAUUAGUGCUUCACGCUGUUGAGGUUUUGGCCUGCUCAUUGGACUCGUACGGACCUGAAUGGCCUAUUCUCCGAGGUCCAUCCCGGCAACAUCAUCUGCUUCGGCCCCACGUCGAGGGAUGUUACAACAACUGCGAGAAAUGGCUGCCAGAGCAGGAUGUCAAGGUAUCUGAUCAAAUCUGGACCAGGGCUUCUUCUGCUCUGAUGCUAGCCAACUUCUUUGCAAGCGACAAUCAGUAUAACUUGGCCGAAGAAUUACAACGUCGGUAUAUAGCUUUGAUGCGUUGUAACAGUCCGGAAAAACGAUCAGCUCUACGCCAGCUUAGUAAGACCAUGUUCUUAAAAGAUCAACUAUCCGAGGCAAGAGACAUUCAAGAGGCUAUUCUCAAACAAUCUGAUUUUAUCGUUGAUGACAUUGAAGGAGCUCUCUUGCUGGUAGAUUUGGCCUUGACUUAUAGAGGCCAGGCGUACGAGGCAGAACUUGGGAAAAUGAGCGACCAGGCUUCCGACCUUCUCGACAUGUCCUUUGAGAUGCGUGUCCGCGGGCUUGAAACAUUUCGAUCUCUGAAAGGUGCAGAGAGCAAAGAAGCAGCAUCAGCCUCUGCGCACUUAGCGACAAUCGAAUACCAUAAGGGAAAUUUACACAGCGCAAGGGAGCUUGAGGAGGCGGCGGUGGCUAUCUUGACAAAAACGAACGGAGAGCGUGAUUUGAGAACGUUGGAGGCCAAACAAGAGCUAGCCGUCACCCUAGCAAAACUCGGUGAAACGAAGACGGCGAUAAUGAUGCACCAGGAAGUCUGGGAUGGUCGCUCGCAGGUGCUGGGGCCGGAACAUCCCAAAAAUCUCAGGUGUGAGAUAAUGCUUGCCCGAGCGUUGAGGCUAGACGGUCAAUUAACGAAGGCCCAUGAGAGGAACGAGAACGCCUUGGCUAAGAUGUCAGUCUUGCGCGGCCGCGAUCACGCAGAAACUAUACAGGCAGGCGGUAGUUUCUGGAGAUGUUUAAUUGCUGAAGGACGGAUUGAGGAGGCUGACCAGCUUCGGGACGAAUACGGCAUUGCUCUGACAGCAAUUGAGGAAGACAUGCGUGCCCAAGCUAUUAAUGAUCAAGCUUCGAGUAACUUAAUCAAAACCUAG